AUGUGGUGCUCGUUGUCGAAAAUGCUUCUGAUCGGUCUAGUCAGUGAUCUGGUUGCCGGUGCACCGCGACUCUCCAGCGUUUUGGAGAGCUUACACAUUAACUCAACGGAUCCGACCCGCACCUCGUUCCGUUGGACGUUCACGAGACCCCAUUUGAGGAUUGCGGGCGCUCCGACGUUCAUAAACGUGCUAUUGGAUCUGGAAGCUAAAACUGAGGUGUUCAAAGUGCCCGUGACCGAUCCGCUCCAGGAAGUGAACUUCUUCGAGUCCAAAGUCAAGCAUGCUGUGUACUUCAGAGCUCGAUCCAGUCCCACGGAGCUGAUAGACACAAAAUACGAAGCAUCGUUCCGGAAUUUGACUGACGCAUCCUCCAUCCGGGUGGAAGUCGUGCAGACUAAUCCCUACCAAUACGAAAUCUCCUGGAGCGCCACGGAUUCGCGACAAAUCAAUAAAUUAGUAAUCGAACACUGCUCCCCGGAAUGCGUCAGAGCGACGUUACUACAACGCGACGGAAGCCUUAUGUUCACCGUUCCGUCCAUCGUUAAUUUCACCGUGACCGCCACCUUCCUCCGGGGGGACCAGAACGUCGACUCGAGCAAGCAGAUGUCUCGUCCCCCUGGGCAAAGACUCGACCUCAAACCACCCCGGAAGGUCACUUCCAUAAUUGAGGCAACUCACUUCGAGAACCGGGUGUACAUCAAAUGGGAUGCCCCUUCCAGCCCCAACAGACCCAUCACUCACUACCAUCUUCGAAUCGUCAAUGUGGACGAAGAAGUCGCGGGCACCGACUACACCAUCACCACGACAUAUCUGAAUACCACCGUACCACCGCUAAGAGGUCCAGCCUUCGAAGUGCGGAUGAGGGCGAAGUACAUCGAGGAAAAUAUGAAUGGGGAGAAGACGGUGCUCCUCGGUGACAUCUCCGAGUUCAGAAUACCGAAAUACUAUCCUCAACCCUCACCGGUCAAAGUUUAUCCCUUGACUGACACCAAUGACGGCCCUCGCAUGAUCCGGUGGGAAGACCCCGAGAAGCCCAACGGGCCAAUUGCCGGCUAUGUUGUGUCUAUUCGGACAGCGCCUCUGAGCUCGCUCCAAGCCUUCCUCAGAAUAUUCGGAUACGAUUUCAACGAAGGAAAAGAACACGAGUUCAUCGUCGGGCCUCAGAACCACAGCUUCCCCUACGAUCACGAAGAAGUCGUGAAUCCGCACUCGUACGCCGUAACCGCAUUCACCGUCGAUACAGAAUACGGGAAGCGGCUUUUCAGUGAGAGGACUUUCAUUAUUCCCAGGCCCCUCCGUACCUGGCGCUUCACAUACACGGGACUUUUUGUGACCAACGAAGCGUCCGAGAGCAGCAGGCUCUCAAGGUCGCUCUACGGCGAGGAGCUCAACCGAACGCUCUGCAGCGAGGAGCUCAACCGCGCGCUCUACGGCGAGGAGCUCAACCGCACGCUCUACCGCGAGGAGCUCAACCGGACGCUCUGCCACGAGGAGCUCAACCGAACGCUCUGCUACGAGGAGCUCAACCGAACGCUCUGCGGCGAGGGGCUCAACCGAACGCUCUACAGCAAAGAGCUCCACCGAACGCACUGA